AUGAUACCUACACCUACGAGAUUACUUGGACGUCAGACGACGCGUCUUUUGGUAGUCGUGAUAUUUUGCUUGCUUGUUAUACACUUUUUUUAUCGUUCAUCUUCAAAGCCAUUAAUAGAUAGUGAUGUUCGUACUGGGGCUAUACCGGCCGCAGACUCACUUGAAGCUCAAGGAGAAAUUGGCAAGGAGAAGGCUAAUUUGAAAUCUAUCAGAGAUUACACUGCAUUUUUUGAUGGGUUAGAAGCAUACAUGCCGAAAUCUCCAUCGAUCAAAGACAAGUACAAGAAUGAAAAAGCACCAGAAAUCAAAAAUGAGAAUGACGAUUUUCUUUUAUCCAAGUCAUUAUUGGAGAAUGUAUUGGAUAUACCUCAUUCUACGUAUCAAGAGUUAAAGGAUUCGCAUUCCAGAUACGUGGACAUUCAUAUGAACAAGCUUAUUGAAAACUACGGUAUUUCUACGUUUGGAAAUAUAUUGAAAUCGGAUCCUGAAUGGGGAACAUAUCAGGGGUCUUCAGGAUACGUGAUGGUUGGAGGAGGUAGAUUUAACUGGUUAUCGUACCUUGUAAUCAAACAGAUCAGAGCCACAGGAUCUAAAAUGCCCAUUGAGUUGUUCAUUGCUUCUCAUGAUGAGUAUGAAAAGGACUUCUGUGAAGAAUUGUUACCACGUUAUAAUGCGCAUUGUAAUCUUUUUGAUUCAUCAUUGUCAACUAACUUGAAGGAAAGAUUCGAUCUUGGUGGAUACCAGUACAAGAUGUUGGCUAUAUUGAGUUCCAGAUUUGAAAAUGUCAUGUAUGUCGACUCCGACAAUUUCCCAGCUAAAAAUGUCGAUUAUAUAUUGGAGAGUGACUUAUAUAAAGAAAAGAAUUUGAUUUUAUGGCCUGAUGCUUGGGGUCGUACUGCUAAUCCAAAGUUCUAUGAGAUUGCAGGCGUGGAGGUUAAAGAAAAUAAAGUCAGGUAUUCGGACUAUGACAGAAAACAAGCAGAACGAGAAGGCUUAUCGGGCGUCAAACCCUUAUCUGAGUACAAUUUUGAAAAUUCACAUUUCCACGAUUUUGAAGGAACCAUACCUAACCCAACCUCCGAAACUGGUAUGUUUGUUAUUAACAAAACUUCUCAUAUGAGAACAUUACUUUUAAGCUUGUAUUAUAAUGUUUUUGGGCCUAACUAUUAUUAUCCGUUAUUAACCCAAGGAUCGGCAGGAGAAGGCGAUAAGGAAACGUUUAUUGCUGCUGCUCACGUUAUGAAUGAACCCUGGUUUCAGACGUUGAAGCAAUUCCAAUUUACGGGGUACGUGUCAGAAGCGGAUAAUAAAUUCGCAUCCAAAGCCUUGAGCCACUACGAUCCAGUUCUUUCGGCCGUAAAACAAGAAAAUCUCGAUGUUGUCUUUAAUCAUUUAUCCUAUCCUAAGUAUUAUCCUAACUGGUUAGUGGAUAACCAUGACUUGAUCUAUGAGAACCUGGGAAAACAUAUUCGUAUGUAUAGUUCUAUAAAUGAGAAUGUGGGCUAUGAUUUCGAUUUGAGAGUAUUGCAGUUCUUUACGCAAGGAAUGUGUCCAAACUAUUACGAUUCAACAACGGGAAAGGCUAUUGAUGGAGAAGAUAUCUACAGAAAUAAAGAGUAUAUGGGGAAGUACUUGCAUUAUGUAUCUUCGGAAGAAGAGCUUGAAAGACAAAGAUGCGAACAAGUUUUCAUUCCCCAUUUAAAAUGGUUAAAAGAAACCACUCAGUUUCCAGAAAAUCUGGUAGUAAAUGUAUAA